AUGUGUAGAGAAACGUUUCAAUGGAAAAAUUUUUUAACACAAAAUUUUUGUAAAAUAAAGAGGUGUGGGGUAUGUAUAUUAAAGGGAUGGUGUGACUCUUAUUUUAAUACAAAAGCAUAUUAUAGACACAGUUUUUGGAAAGGUGUUUCUCGACUGGAUAAAAGGGCAAAAAUAGGCGGUGGCGCAAAAAGGACGGGGAAAAGGGAGAGACAAGGCUUAGAACGUUUUUUGGUAGAUAAAAACCGUUUUUUAAUAAAAAAGGGGAGGCAAUAAAGCAGCAAGCCAAACACCCCCCAACAACCACCGGUUGAGCAAACGUACAAUAAAAAAAUAUCAAAA